AUGCUCAAUGCUAGCUACAUUCUGAUGUCUCUGUUGGAUCAUGUAGAACAUUGCGCAUCUUGCAAUUGCAUCCUCAAUAGGACGAAACUAGACAAUGCCGUCAAGGCACUCAUAAAAGCAGUACCUGGGUCGGAAGAUCGGAUAUCCAGCAUUUUGGUCGAUCUUGGUGGCGAGGACACGGAAACACAACUCGAGCAGGUUCUCGCGGACGCUGUUGCUGCUGCUGGAGGCCCUCUCGAUCACAUUGUUCACAGCGUGAGCAAUAGACGAGGCCCGCUUGUUCCUUUCUCUCCGGUUGACUACAAAACCAUUCAUGGACUGUUUGUUCCGAGGUUUGCUCAGUUGGCGCUUCUCGGAAAGUUGGCCCCUAAAUACAUGAAUGCCAAAGGCACCUCGUCGAUCAUUUUCACUUCUGGUCAUGUCGAAGAUGUGCCAAUGCCAGGCCUGGGUGUUCUCUCUAGCGUUGGCGCUGCCAUUACAGGUAUGGCCAUAGGGCUGGCCGUUGAUAUUAGCCCGAUACGUGUAAAUGCGGUUGCGCCCGGCAUCACUGAGACUCCAAUGGUAAUCGAGGAGACGGGCGAAACAAUGGCGUCUGCAAUAUAUGACCUUGCUUCCAGGCAAUCGUUAGUCGGGAGACCCGGAACAGCAGAUGAGGCUGCCGAAGCCUUUGUGUAUUUGAUGAAGGACACAAAUGCCACCGGUACCUCAGUCAAGUCAUCGGGAGGAUCUAUUAUUCGCUCGGCUUAA